UCGCAAUGUCAUUUGACGGACGCUAACCUCCUUCAAAAGAUGUCAAAUUGUCAAAAUAGAAUUAACCAUGCAUUUUUGAGACGUGUUUAUUCAAAAUAUUGGCCAAAGAUGUAUCAUAGUCAUUAUGAAAAAUGUGGUAUAUAGCUGUAUUCCGUUUUAUAAGACGACGGAUCAUCCUUGGUCUCAUAUUCACGUUUUCAUUCUGCUACUGUAUUUUAAGCUAUGUAGGAAAGACGGAUUUUCUUGACAGCGAUGAAGUUGUACCGGUUCGUAGAACUCAACCUUUCAUAUGGAGAACAUUACAGCAACAUAAUUCUACCAGUGAUGGUGAUAUAAAUUGUAGGAACUCUGUUCAAGGGAAAGUACUGAUUGUGGAUGAUAGAGGGUACAUUUGCCCUAGAAAUGAGGUUCUUCUAAAUGGGUGCUGCAAUAAUGCUGCUUCAAAUGUAUACCAGUACUCCUGUGACACGUGUAAACCAAAUAACUGUUGUGCAAUAUACGAGUAUUGUAUUUCAUGCUGUUUGCAUCCAGACAAGCGAGAAGUUCUGGAAAAUGUCCUGGGAAAGGCAACUGAACAGAAUAAUGUGCUUUUUGCAUCUGUCACAGAUCAUUUUGAGCUUUGUUUAGCAAAAUGCCGUACCAACUCUCAAAGUGUUCAACAUGAAAAUUCUUACAAGGAUCCCAAAGCAAAGCAUUGCUAUGGGGAAUUGACUCCAGCUGUUGAUAAUAUAGAUAAUGAAGUAUAAUUUUUUAACUAUAACUGUGAUUGAAAAGUGCUUAUUUUUUAUUGUUCUUCUGUUCUCUAUAUGAGUAUAGUAUCAACAAGUACAAAACUCAACCAAUAUUGACUAUAUUAGAAAAAUAAGAUAUUGGUAAAGUCAAGUUGUGGCAUUUUAAAGAAAACUUACCAGCUUUUACAGUUGGAUAUGUAUUUACAGCCUGUUGACAUGAUAUACCUUUGGCCCUUUUUUGCUGUCCCCCGAGUGUACCAAGACUCUACUCACAUGAUUAUCUGUUUGUCUGUCAAACUUUCCUGUUCUUUUAAAGAACAUGUUGACUAAUGAUACACAUAUAGCGUUUAUAUCAAAUUGCAAUUGUUCUAGGAAAAUUUUGAGUAAUAUUACAAUAUUUUUGCCUUUCAGACUACUGCAUAUAGUACAUUUUUGUUCAAAACUGUAUACUUAAUUUUAACAUCAUAACUGUUAAAGAGUGGUUUCUACAUGCAGUCAUAUGGCUAUAGAUAAUGAUAACAUGAUGCAGACAAAAUUAAAAUAGAUACAGGUUGUUUUUCUUCUAAAAUUCAAUGUAAUUUUAUUGAGGAUAUUACAGCCUGUAUUUGCGAAUAUUUGGGAUUAGUAUUAUUUCAUUGGCUGUACUUUUUUAUAUGUUAAAAAGGAAUUGCUACUGAGUAGUAUUAUGGUAUUAUUUAAGUGUAGUGUAUAUGUUCUAUUUUAUUUUUUAAUGUUUAUCCAGAACUUAUUCAUUUUUAGAUGAAUCAAAUAAAUAUUGGAAACUACUUAAUUUGUUUAAAUACCAAGAAUAACAUUGGGUUUGAGAAUUCUUGAACAACAACACUGAAUCUUUGGAUGACUGAUUAAAAAAAAACAACAAAGAAUAUUUGAAGAUGGAACAUUUAUCAACAUAAUCAUAUUCACCAUCUUAUGAUGCACUUAAAUGUAUCAUGAACAAAUUCAGUAGUUUUUUUUAUAUCAAGAGAGUAUUAUAUAAAUAUCCUCGUUGACAAAAUGCAAUAUCUACUUGUAUAUUGCAUAGUUAACUGAUGUGCUUUCUUUGUCUCACAGACUUUUAAGAAAGAAGAAUAGAAGAAAGGAUCGAAGAAAUUAAUUGCUUUUAUUGAAGAACUGGUUUUUUAAGACAUGGCAUGUACAGAUCAAGA